CUAUGUGUGAGGUGAUGGUGUGUGACACCUCUGUGAAGGUAAAGCAGGGGGACAUCACUGCCGAAAGUACGAAUGCCAUAGUAAACUUAAACAAUGCAACAUUGGACCAACAGUUUGGUAAACUCCCAAAUGAUGGAUUUGUUGUAACUUCAGCUGGAAAUCUGAAAUGCCAAAAGAUAAUUCACCUGAUUAAUGUAAUACAGACGGUCAUUGUGGAAGCAGUAAAGAAAGCACUUACAGCGUGUGACAGAGAUGAUAUGAGGACCAUUAGUCUCCCAGCAAUUGGAACAGCUAAUCUAGAUCCCAAGAUCUCAAUUAAUCUGGUUAUGAAAGGCAUUGAAGAGUACCUAGCUGAUCCUACCACAAUGACCAUCCUUUCAGAGAUCAAUGUUGUUGUAUUUGAUCCGGAUGUUUAUGAAGAAUAUUUAAUUUUUUUUCAGAAUUAUCAGACAAAUGACCCUCACUUCACAGUUUAUGGAAAAACCAUACAACUAAUUAAAGGUGACAUCACUAAUCAGGCUGUGGACUGCAUUGUGAACUUAACAAACAGCUCCCUGAGCCAAUCUCGUGGUGUUUCUGGAGCUAUAUUGGCUGCUGGUGGUGACACUGUUAAGGAAGAAUGCAAAGAUAUUGGUAUAUUACCAACAGAUGGGAUUGCUAUAACAAGUGGUGGGAAUAAUAAGUGCAAAAAAAUCCUGCAUAUUAUCGGUCCAACCAGAGUUUCUGAAUAUGAACUUUCAAUGGAAAGGAUUCUGCUAGAAUGCCAUAAAAAUGGGAUCACAAGUGUUGCCCUGCCAGCCAUUGGAACAGGCAUGGCUCAUGUUAAUCCAGAAAAAUCAAUUAAGGCAAUUUUGAGCAGUAUUUUAAGCUGUUUCUCCGAAACAUUACUACCAACCCUUGAAACAAUCUCUAUUAUUGUUCUUCAAGAAGACAUGUACCAGACGUAUCUAAAGGUUUUUCAAGCCAAAUGCGCAGAGAUACAGGCAACCCAACAGGAAGAAAAGAUAUUAUCAGCAGUUCAAGGUCAGGUAAAAAUUGAUUACCCAAAAUCAUGGACAGGUAUUGUAGAAAGUGAGUUUCAGGAAGUGACUCUGGAGAAAGACUCCCAAGAAUACAAAGAUGUUAAAAAUAAAUUCAUCAAAUCGGCAAGCCCUAGUCCACUAAAAGUGGUUAAGAUCAAAAGAAUUCAGAACAGGAAACUAUGGGAGAGCUUCACUAUCAACAAGCAAGCAGUGGACAGAAAAAACCCCGGACAGCGAAAUAUACAGCAUUUGUACCACGGCACAACUUCUGAGGUCACUGAAGGCAUUAACCGAGGAGGAUUUAACCGAAUCUAUCAUGGCAGAAAUGGCACAGCAUGUGGAACUGGGACCUACUUCGCUGUAGGAUCAAAUUACUCUUGUGGGGACAAAUAUUCUGUUCCUGACAGUAAGGAUGGAGUAAAAUACGUCUACCAGGCUGUAGUGAUAACUGGAAGAUAUUGCAUGGGAAACUCUGCCUACAAAGAACCCCCGUACAUCAAAGAUGACCCCAGUGGAGAUCGUUAUGAUGCUGUAGUGAACAACAUUAAAAAACCAACCUAUUUUGUUGUUUUUCAUGAUGACUAUGCAUAUCCUGAAUAUCUGAUCACUUUUAAGCUCCGAACACCAUAGAUUAUAAUGAAAUGAAGAUUUUUCUAUAAACAAACAGGAGAUGUA